AUGGCCGAGACGAAGCGGAGCGCCGCGAAGAGCUGGCUCGUCACCUUAGGAUAUGUCAUCGCCGCGGGAGUCGCGCUCGCGACCGGCCGCCGCGAGGGUAAGCGCGGACGACGCUCGAAGGAGGGAUCCGGCGGGAAAGGACGACGCGGGCGCGGACCUCCCGUCGGCGGUGGCCAUCGUCACGCGCACGGCGAGACCCGCGGAGAGGAUCCCGGCGCGAUGGCCGCGCAUCUCGCGGCGAUGGGCGACGAGGAGUGGUACCCGGCGCCCAUGCGGAAGGGCGACAUGACCGUCGCGCAGCUCAAACGCCACGACGGCUCCGACCUCGGCAUCCCCAUCCUCCUGGCAGCCAAGGGUCGCGUCUACGACGUCACCAGGGGGCGCGAUUUCUACGGCCCCGGGGGCGCCUACGCCAACUUCGCCGGCAUCGACUGCUCCCGCGCGCUCGCCAAGAUGAGCCUGCGACGCGACGACCUCAGCGGGGACGUAUCGGACGCCACCGAAGCGGACCUUACCGUGCUCGACGACUGGGUGAGAAAGUUCGAGGACAAGUAUCCGCUCGUGGGAAGGCUGAUCGACGGCGAUUACAACGGGCCCAGGUGA